CAGGGAUCUAACUGUUAGGCAUGGGACUGGCUGACUAGAGCACUGGAGCCAAGGUCUCCUAAUAUAAGCGUUAGGAUUUAGUUUCACUAACUACGCUACGGACUGCUCUCUCCUCUCCUCUAGAGCCAAGACACAAUGAAGAAUGUUUACCAGGCAUCAGAGAAGGAGAGCAUCUCAGGGCUGUCUAUCAGGAAAAUAAGUGAGAGUAUCAUAUGGAAUUCUGAAUCUAAUGCCGCCAUGGAGAUGAAUCCAGAUGGUCUACUGUCCCUGGACUACAGAGAAGAGGACCCCCCUCCCAACAAACACCUCAAGUACCACACCAGCCUGCAGAACAUGAUCCCAUUCCGCUUCUCAAACAAGUCCAACCCCAUGGACGAUGCAGGCUUCUUCUCCUUCACCUCGUUUGCCUGGAUGACUCCCAUGAUGUGGAGCCUGUUCAGGAACCGACUGGACAAGAGCUCCCUCUCGCUGUCUUCUCAUGAUGGGGCCGACACCAAUGGGAAAAGGUUUGAGAGGCUUUGGGAGGACGAGGUGGCCAAGGUGGGAAAACAGAACGCUUCUUUAGGUCGGGUCUUCAUGCGUUUCCAAAGGACUAGAUUACUAGUGGCGUUCCUCAUCUCCAUCCUGUUCACGCUUUCUGUAUUUAUUGGACCAGCGGUUCUGGUGUAUGAGAUCCUGAAAUACGCAGAGGCCCCUGAGGCGUCUACACUGGUCCAUGGUGUCGGUCUGUGUGUGGCUCUGUUCAUCUCAGAGUUCUCUAAAGCCUUCUUCAGCUCUCUACUGUGGGCGGUUAGCCUGAGGACAGCCAUCAGGGUGAAGAGUGCCUUCUCCACUAUCGCCUUCCAGAAGAUCAUCUCUCUUAGAUCCGUCGCCAACAUCUCCGUGGGAGAGAUGAUCAACGUGCUGACCAGUGAUAGCUACAGGAUGUUUGAGGCGGUGGUGUUUGGUACCUUUCUGCUGUGUAUCCCCGUGCUGCUGACUGUCUGCAUCAUCUACGCCUGCUACACCCUGGGGUACACCGCCCUCAUAGGAGUCUCUGUCUACCUCAUAUUCAUCCCCAUACAGUUUGCCAUGGCCAGACUGAUCCAAGUGUUCAGGAGGAAAGCGGUGAGCGUCACAGACACUCGUGUCCGCACCAUGAACGAGGUUCUCACCUGCAUCAAACUCAUCAAGAUGUAUGCCUGGGAGACCUCCUUCGAGAAGAAAAUCACCGACAUCAGGAAGAAUGAGAAGCAGCUGCUGGAGACGGCCGGCUACACCCAGAGUAUUAACUCCUCCAUCACAACCAUCAUCCCCACCCUGGCAACCAUCCUCACCUUCGUAGUCCACACCCUGCUGGGUCUGCCCCUCGGCACCUCUGAAGCUUUUACCAUCAUCGCCAUCUUUAACUCCAUGCGGUUCUCCCUGGGUUUGCUGCCGUUCUCUGUCAAAGCCCUAGCUGAGGGACAGGUAUCGCUAGCCCGGCUAAAGAAACUGCUGAUGACACAGAACCCGGAGUCGUACCUGGUCCAGAGACAUGGGUCCCUCUCGGCCCUGGUCAUGGAGAAGGCAACAUUCACCUGGGCCAGGCCUGAAGAACAGACUACCACUACAGCACCAAACACCACAUCCUCUCUGAAGGGAGGCAAGGUGGAACCACAGGGCCAGAAUGGGACUCACACACCGGGCAAGACCGAGGUCAUGCCCACCCUGAGAAACAUCUCCUUUAACCUGCCUAAGGGAAACCUGCUUGGUAUCUGUGGCAACGUGGGAAGCGGGAAGACAUCGCUGAUAUCAAGCAUCUUAGAACAGAUGCACCUGCAGCAGGGUUUGGUCACAGCAGACGGAGCGUUUGCCUACGUUUCCCAGCAGGCCUGGAUCUUCCACGGUACGGUACGAGACAACAUCUUGAUGGGAGAACCCUUCAACCAGACCAGAUAUAGGAGAGUGAUCAGUGCCUGUAGCCUGACACCAGAUCUGGCUGUUCUUCCCUAUGGGGACCAAACUGAGAUAGGAGAGCGAGGCCUGAACCUGUCUGGCGGUCAGAAGCAGAGGAUCAGUCUGGCCAGAGCGGUCUACUCCAACAAAGACAUCUUCCUGCUGGACGACCCUCUGUCUGCCGUGGACGCCCACGUAGGGAAACACAUCUUCGAGGAGUGCAUCAAGAAGACACUGAAGGGGAAGAGUAUCAUCCUGGUCACCCAUCAACUACAGUAUCUGGAGUUCUGUGACGAGGUACUGGUGUUGGAGAGUGGAACGAUUAAGGAGGCAGGGACACACAAAGCUCUGAUGAAAGCUAAGGGCCGAUACGCACAGAUGAUCAACAACUUCCAGAUGGAGCAUUCACAGGAACAAACUGAGGAGGAGCCGG